UUUAUCGCUUGUUUGAGAAGGCAACAAAUGAUGAGUGAGGUGUAUUUAGUGAUAUAUUCUAUGGCGGAUUUGUGUCUCGCUCCAAUAGAAACAAUAGUAACUCUGUUUACUAUAAAAUAUUGCGAGUCUCCAAUUAGCAUCAAGUUAAUACCGAGCGAGCGAGAUUUAAAGGAACAAGCAUACAUGAUAGAUCUCACAAAUUUUGUCUAUGAGAUUGUAAAUGUAAAUGAAAAUGAAAUACCUUACUACGCGAGCUUAUGCGAAUUACCGAUUGUCACUGCUAACGACAGCUGCAUGGCUGGUUUGUGUACAGUAUUAAGACAGAUUGUGAAAAGUGCUCCAAAAUGUUUGUUGCACACUACCAAGUUACUAGGCUUUAAGGAUUCUUGCCUGAUUGCUUGCUCCGAGGCGAGCGUGUGGACGAAAUUCUGCGAAGUCGAUUUAAUUUUAACUCUGAAGUCUUUUGACACGAAGGAUUCGGAGAAAUCUGUACUGCCUGUUAGUUUAGCUAGAUUUGAGUGCCACAUGUCUCAACCGGUUAAACUGCACAAUUUGUACAAGUACACAAUGUCCAAAAAGUUCGCCGCGCUUGAUAUAACUAAAUGGGAUAAGACAGCUCUGCCGGAGCACAAAUACGUGGAAAAUGUGUAUAUUACAUUAUCUGACAUAAUUAUAUUUGUGUGCAUGCAUAUUUUAUUGAAUAUGUUUCCGAGCCAAAUGAUAUCAGAGCUGGUACCUCUGACUACUAAAUGGUACAAUGUAAUGUUAGCAGAUCAAUUCAUAACGCGAUGCCUAAGCUGUUUACGUUCGUCAACGAGCCAUAUUUCAGACGUUCUUCAGUACACGCUUCCAGUUGUAGUAAACGAAAGCUUGUACAAGAAAGAUACUAAACGAUACAAACCGAGAAAUCGCAUUUUUACGAGGCAAGAGGACAUAGAACAUUCGUUGCAGUUGGUCGAAAGCAUGAAGAUCUUAAUGCAACUUGAUAUGGAACCGUUUGGCGCGGAGGUAAAUCUUGACUGGUCUAACAUCCCUUUCGAUGCCACACCAGCAGGCGGUUCAUUGCCACUUGCGAGGCUGCAACAGAAGCAAGAGCAAUUGCAGAAUCUGUGCAAACCUGUUUUGAAAUUGGCAAAGGCAGGAGACACUAUUGUAGAUUUCUGCUCAGGUGGAGGUCAUUUGGGAAUAUUGAUGGCAUACUUGUUGCCUCGUUGCACGGUUAUUCUGUUGGAAAACAAAGAGGAAUCUUUGAAUAGAGCCAAGGAAAGAGUACGAAAGCUGAAAUUGACAAACGUUAAGUUUUGUCAGUGCAACUUAACUUAUUUCAAGGGAGAUUUCGACAUCGGCACGUCGUUACACGCUUGUGGUUUGGCAACAGAUCUGGUCAUUCAGCGUUGCAUUCGAAAGAAUGCAAUUUUCGUGAGUUGCCCUUGCUGUUAUGGCGCGUUGCGGGAUGGUCAUGAAAUAACGUAUCCGCGGAGUAAGGCUUUCAAGGAACAUGUCAAUAAUAAAGAAUACUCAUACUUAAGUCAUGCAGCAGAUCAAACGCAUGACGAACGAAAUAUUAAGACUAAACAAGGUUAUAGAUGUAUGACAAUUAUAGAUACGGACAGGAAGUUGUUUGCUGAACAAUGUGGCUACAAAGUCUAUCUCGCUAAAUUAAAUCCAGAAACGUGUACACUUAAGAAUCACUUGUUAGUUGGUAUACCAAGAGACAAGUUAACACACGACAAUUCAUGUGACAAUUGAUUGUACUCGUUGAAGCUUUUACAAAUAAAUAGCAUUCAUAUUGAGAACUUUAA